UUCAUCUCUCAAAUCAGAUGUUUGGCUGCUCUGUCCCUUGCAACAAGGAGUCAUGCCAGCUGAACACACUCUCCUUCCUGGGCCCCUGGUAGCCAGGAGGAAGCCGAGACCACAGCUUUUGAGACCCUGAGCCCCCAAUUUGUGGCUCUGUCUCGGUUUGUGUCGCUCAAGGAGGGCCUCCCCCAGCAAUGAUCUCCUCAUUGCUUCAGGCCUUUCUAUUCCUGUCUCUGGCCACAGUGGUCACUCCUAGAGCACACAAUCAGUGUCUGGUAUGUGGGGAGCCCACCUUGGACCUGGAGAGCCAGCGGAAGCUACUUCUCAACCUGGCCAAGAGAAGCAUCUUGGACAAGCUGCACCUCAGCCAGCGCCCAACACUGAGUCAGCCCAUGUCCAGAGCUGCUCUGAGGACAGCACUGCAGCACCUCCGUGGGCCCCCACAGGGGGCGCUUCCGGAAGCUGACAGAGGCCAGGAAUAUGAGAUCAUCAGCUUUGCUGAGACAGGCCUCUCCAACAUCAACCAGACUCGUCUUGAUUUCCACUUCUCUGAUAGAACUGUUGGUGGCAUGGAAGUCCAGCAAGCCAGACUCAUGUUCUUUGUGCAACUCCCUCCCAAUACCAUCUGGACUUUGAAGGUGAGGGUCUUAGUGCUAGGCCCACAUGAUGCCAACCUCACCUUGGCCACUCAGCACCUGCUGGAGGUGGAUGCUAGCGGCUGGCACCAACUCUUCCUGGGGCCUGAAGCUCAGGCUGCCUGCAGCCAGGGACACCUGAUCCUGGAGCUGGUAUCUGAAAGUCAGAUAGCCCAGAGCUCAGACAUCCUGGGUGGGGCUGCUCAUAGGCCUUUCGUGGCAGCCCGAGUGAGAGUUGGGGGCAAGCAACGGGUCCGCCGGCAUGGCAUUGACUGCCAGGGUGAGUCCAGGAUGUGCUGUCGACAAGAGUUUUUUGUGGACUUCCGUGAGAUUGGCUGGGACGACUGGAUCAUCCAGCCUGAGGGCUAUGCAAUGAACUUCUGCACAGGGCAGUGCCCACUGCAUGUGGCAGGCAUGCCUGGCAUUGCUGCCUCCUUUCACACUUCAGUGUUCAAUCUUCUCAAGGCCAACACAGCUAUGGGCACCACUGAAGGUGGCUCAUGCUGCGUGCCCACAGCCCGGCACCCCCUGUCUCUGCUCUACUAUGACAGGGACAGCAACAUUGUCAAGACUGACAUACCUGACAUGGUGGUAGAAGCCUGUGGGUGCAGUUAG